ACUAAGUGAAGCUAGGGGGACUGGAUAACUUGAAGAUUAUAUAUUCGAGAUAGCUUAAAUCAUUGGUGCAGGACAUGCAAGUAAUACACUACAGUUCAUAAGAAUAGCGUAAGCAGACGCAUUCUUCAAAGAGGACAUCACCUAAGAAAAUAUGGAAACAAGAAUGAUGUCGUGGUUGCUUGCGUUCCACGACAACAGGUCCUCCAUUGAGGCCGAUGAAGCGUGUAUAGCUUCUACGCUUCUCAAGCGAUGAUUCUCUCAGGCCUGCGAUCUAGACAGCUGGAGCGUGCAAAGCCCAGGUAGCAGACGGAUGCAAGAGGUUUUGGCUAGACGAGCGCGCUUGUGGUCGUUCGUAAAACUUGGGAGGACGGUGAGAAGACUGGAAGAACCUAGUUCCCCAACGAUCGAGUUCGUCGUAGUACUGUAGACGCAUGAUACGGCGGCCAGAUCGUCAAUUUCGUGAUACCAAGCUGCAAAUAUGGGUGCUUCGAGGAAAAACGAUUCGCGGUCAGUGUGUCGCCUGAAAUGGCGAAGCAAAGCCAUCAGGCUUGCUUGGGUGAGUUCUCUGGCUCCUCUCGUAUUUGCUUCCGCUGAGGUCGUCGAGCCACAGGGCGUCGUGGAGUUGGGUCCCUCGCCUUUGCCCGAAUGGCUGCACCACUUAAGGCUUCCCCUAAUCCAUCUCUAUAGACAUCUCGCAACAGUAUUCACCCCAAUGGAAGGGAGACGCUGACGCAUUUCCUUUCGGGAUCCCCACAGAGAUGAACUCGGGUAAGCUCUAAACCACUGCGAUCCCCGCAACUACGUUCGCCGCGUCCUCACCCAGGACCUGCACAACGCUGCGAUUGCGCCACAGGACGAGAUCUGCUUGCACCGGGAGGCUCGAGCCUGGUUUCACCUCUGCUCGGAGCGCAUGCAGCAUGUACGAUUAAGGCUCACAACACUUCAUCUCAAGAAGCAUCUUUGGCCCCUUUCUCAAGGGGGGAACGCGUCAAGGAUGCACUUAAAGAUCGAUGAGUAUAAGUGUGUGGCGUCUAAUACGAGCAGCGGCAUUCGCGGAAGCUAGGGUGAGCAAUGACCUGCAUCGCUUUUUUCAGGAAGUGAGGAAUCCGGAGGACGUUAAGAAGGUCCUGCAGCACAUGCAUGACGAAGAGGAAAUACAGAAUUGGGAAUAUGGGAGAUCAAGUGCGGUUGCUGUGUCGCAACAGGAGCAUCACAAUAGAAGGAAACACUCAGGAACUUUGAGCAAGGCCUUAGGAGGACCCAAAAUGAGUCGAUUUUUUGUAGAACGGAAUUGUUCUCAGUAUGGUUUCCACCGUGAUUUAGCAGCUCAGUUUGCUUCCCAGGGGGCUUUCGUACUAGAGGCGUCUCUCUUUCGGCUGCACGACGGGGAGGGGCGUGAGAUUCGACGUCACCUACCCUACAUGGCGACGUUGUGGCGCGAUACGUCUCUAGAGGUUAACGCGAAGCUGAUGCUUCUUCACGACAUCCAGUGGGACGUGAUGAAUUUCUUCCUCCGCACGAAGCUAGACCAGCACACUAAGGAAGAGGUGAACUUGCCUUUUCGCGGUCACGAUCGACAUUUGUUAGGUCUCUGCUAUCAAGUAGAAGUUCCGCGUUUCAUGAUGAUCAUAAUUAAUGUGCUUGAUCUCCAUCUCCGAUUCUGACCCCCGAAACCUAAUGCGUAUGAAUUAACAAUUUGCAAGGUCUCUAAGGACCGAAAAACAAAAAGUUACGCAAGCAAUCAUGGGUUCUUCAGUGUUUAAAUGGAGAGUUGGACGAUCAUCUUCUCUUGCCAUUUCCCUUGGGUAUAUGUAUCCCCUUGAAUGAAGUAUCGUAGUCGUUUUACUUUCAUCGUGUUCUAAGUUCGCUGGUGAAAAACCUGUUUCGACUACCUCCCGACUGGUCCUUGCAUCCGCGCACGCGACGGUGGCACGUCGUCUGCGCAUUAUGUCGUAAAGUAGUCACCGAGAACCCGGAUUUGGAAGUCUUGCGUGUGGCAGAAAUCGGCGUUUUUGCUGGCGAAACGACUCUGCACAUGCUGCAGAACUGCACCAAUGCGUACGGUGAAAUCGAGCCGUUUGAUAACGGAGUAGUUGUCUCAGACGAUCUGAAAAUUGACAGGGAAGAAGACGCAAAUAAGGGACGCGCUAGUCAAGAACUGGCUGGGGCAGUUGCAGCUACAUCUGUGUCGUCAUCUUCUCCUGAAGACGAUGAAGAUGAGUUUUUCGAAUCGCGUAGUGGUCGUGUGAAUGACACACUCAGCCUUCCAAAUGAUCUAGAGGGAUUCCUGGCUGCGCAAGAAGAAGCUUUGACUGCGGACAAUUCCAUGCCAGCACGAAGGCGACGGAACUUGCAGAGUGCUGGGGGCAAAGAUCUUACGAGGAGUGAAGAGCUCGUAGUUCAAUUCUUUAUCGAGAUAGAAAUACAGGAGAUGAGUAAGUACGGAAGUAGUUAGAAGUAGAACAGUUCUUUGUCGAAGAUAGACUUGAGCAGGAUGAUCACCAUGGUGAACAAACGCGUUGUGUAUUUCUUGCUCUAGAAUAAGAAUCUACUUCAAGACAUCUAAGUAUGCGAGAAGGCAGCCGCUCAAACCUGGUCGUGGAGUACCUGUGCAGUACAAUCUGAUUGAUCCGUGGAUUAUUGAGGGUGCGGGCUUUCAGAUUAUGCUAGACUGGUAUAACGAGCAUGAGAGUUGGAAAAUAAACUCCGGAAAUAGUGGAGAUGCAGUCUACGCAAACGUUCUACGUCGCAUUCGCAGAGUGGAGGCGGGUAAGCCGGGCUUUGCAGGACAGGGCUCGCUCUUCCCAAUACGCGAGAUGGCUGAAGGCGAGACCGUGCCGCCAACAGAAAGCGGGAUCUACACGCAUAAACGGACUUCUGAAGUAAAAACGAUUUUUGUCUCUUUGAUGUUUCGCAUUUAGAUGAAAGGCUUGUUUGGUUCAGCACAAUAUUCGUAAAAAUGUAUCCUUGGUCAUCAAGAACAUUUUCCUCAGCACCUCGUAUUCGUUCUUAUUUGUCAGGCGGCAUCUCGGUCUGUCCAAGAAGUGGAUUUCUUGUUCGUGGACGGUGACCAUAGCUACCAGGGAUGCCAUGAUGACAUGCGGUAUUUCUAUCCCAAAACGAAGAUUUUAGCUGCAGGACAUGAUUUCCGUUAUUGGGAUUUUCAUGGAAUAGUGCUCGCCGUAUUGAACAUGCGCCGUCCGGGUACGCAAGCCUACAAAGACUACGGCAAGCGCUUGGAAGGCCCUGUCUAUCUGGACUCCGAAAACAUCCACUGGAGCUACAUAAGGAGAGAAUGAGUAAGUGGCCGCUUUUUUAUUCUUUGUUAUUAUUCUACUUCUAGUAAAUAAUCGCAAACCUCCUGCUGUCCUAAACUCUACUAUGUAUUCUUGAAAAGCAUAAGCUACUACGAUGACUGAUAAAUAUGUCGAUUAGUCGUCCUGCUGCACACGGUUUUUCAUCAGCAAUACACUGUACUGUGGUUACGCGUGAAGCAUACAUAAUACUCCAAACCUCAUCAAAUUGUAAUACGAUUUCAUCAAGAUAGUUUCUUACUGAAAAUUCCAUCUCUGCCGCCGACGUGGAUCAUUGCUCUGGCAUUUUGUUCUCUAAGUACUGCUGUUCGUGCCUACAACAGGACUCAGGAGUAAUCAGCCGUUACAGUAAGAAAAAUCACAUCAAAAUGAACAUGACUA